UUCGAUUCUGAUCCCCAAGUUGGUGUUUUUCGUCUUUGGAAAGUUAGGAUUUUAGACGCACAGGAGAUAUAUUGCAUAGCCUAUGUGAGAGCUGUUCAAAAGCAUCAAUAUUCGCUUGACACACAUUGGCUUUUAGCUGAUGCUGAAUAUGCUCCAAAAGUUUUUGCUACUUCAGUUAUUCCUGGAAAUUGGCUUUUGGUUUAUAUGGAAUGUUUAGACAACUAUUUAAUGCUAAGUUGCAUCACCAUUAAUCUUAAUAAUCAAGAACGAGAUGAUUUAAAAAAGAAAAUUGAAAUAGUAGUUAAAUAUUUGUAUGAUUCAGAGCAUGUACAUGGGGACUUAUGUGAAGGGAAUAUUCUAGUUCGCCAACUUGAAAAUAAUGAAUUUGACGUGAAAUUGAUCGAUUUUGAAUGGUCUGGGAAGGUUGAUUCCGCACGUUAUUCUCAUUUUAUGAAUCAUGUUAGUAUUAAAUAG